UCCCCUUUUUUCCAGGAUGACCUCAGAGCUCUGUCCUCAUUUCAGCUCCAUUAAGUCUUUCCAUUCAGCCUCUGUGCUAAUUCUCCUUCUGCUUGCUGGACCUGGAAGCACAUUGGGCCCCGGCGCUCACAGAGUGAGGGCAGGGCUUGAGGGACGAGCUAGAGCCGAGGGGAGGAUAAGAGCUGGGGUGAAAGACCCGAGCCGGGACAAGGCAAUUACUGAGGGCAACACUGAAACUGGAUUUGGAAAUACUCAUGUUUCUGGAGGAGCAGGAGAAGAUGGCGAGGUGUGGCGGGACCCUGGUACUACUACUGGAUUCAGGUCUGUGCUUUCUGUAGGAGACGGUGGCCUGUGGGAGCCCCGCAGUUCCUCUCGCUGUGUGCCCGUCCCGCCUGGCAUGGCCUUGUGCCAAAACAUUGGUUAUGACUCUAUGAGGAUGCCCAACCUGCUGGGCCAUGACUCUCCAGCCGAGGCUGUACAUCAGAGUGCCAGCUGGUUGCCACUGCUAGCCAGAGAGUGCCACCCUGACGCUCGCAUCUUUCUCUGCUCUCUCUUUGCACCCAUCUGUCUAGACAGGUUUAUAUCACCCUGCAGGAGUUUGUGUGAAUCUGUACGGGACAGCUGUGCGCCAAUCAUGAGUUGCUAUGGCUACCCCUGGCCAGAAAUACUGCGCUGUGACCAGUAUCCUGCAGACCAUCUCAUGUGCAUCUCCUCCAUCACCAACACCACUGUGAACACUGGUGGGCACAGAGUGCCUGUGGCGAGCUGCCGUGACUGUGAACUGGAGGUGGCCUCCUCUUCUAAAGAUACACUGGAGACUUUUUGUAGGAGUGAUUUUGUUGUGAAACUGCGUCUAAAGCGUCUCAAGAACAGUCCAGCGAGUCUGUCUCAGUACUCGCUGGCUGCCAAACUGCAGGUCCUGAAGCACGGACCUCUGGUAGGAGGGCAGAUCCGCUCCCAAAUUGAGCUGUGGCUAGAGAGGGAUGCCACGUGUGUGAGGAACAUGACACGGCACCACUCUCAGGGCGGUACCUUCCUAGUGACAGGUACAGUGCAAGGGGAGAGGCUGGUGGCCAACAAGGCUUACGUCUGGCAGAGACGGGACAAGAAACUGAUGGGAGCUGUGCGCAAAUGGAAACAUCACCGGUGCAGGAGUUAUGAUUAGGUGUUUAUUCCUACAAAUUUUUGAAAAAACUGAAUUGUGAAACCAGCAUUGAGCAGCUGUGGUUUAGAGAUGCAUAGAUUUAGAAAAAUAGAAUGUAACCCUGAGCCAAUAACUGUAAAUAAUAUUUGGAGUAAUCUUUUCACAAAGGAGCUUAAGUAUACUGUAGGGCUGCAACAUUUACUUGAUUUUCUGAUUAUUAACUGAUUACCAAGUUAAUCGUCAACUUUUUUGACAAUCAAUCUGAACACUUCUGGGUUUUUGUUGUGUUUUUUCUCUUCGAAAAUGUACAUAAAGUAUCUGUGAAUUUUAAAUAAAUACUGAUGGUCUAUAUUUGUAUGACUUUGAGAGGAAUUAAAUGGAGCGCCGUGAAGACUGAA